UGCAAGCUUGAAAUUUAUAAAUCUCUGCGGCCUAGGGGUUUCCCUAAGGUCUCAGUUGACGUUGAAAUUAAUCAGACAAUAUUUGUUAAGAAUUACUCAGCAUAUCGAGCCAAUACUUCGAUGUCCUGAAGGACGCUGAUAUCGAGAGCUUGAAAUACUUAGGUGGCUCAUGCGAAUCAUUGUAUAAAAGCAAGCGUUUGUUUGCGGUAUUCAAUGUCACAGGCUGGCAGCGUUGUACUCGUGCCCGGUUUUGGUGCGAUAAAUUAAUUAUUGCAGUUAUUAAAAAAUAAAAUAUAAUAUCGCUCGAACACUUUCGAUUUAAGACACUGGUAUCUAAUAAAAUAAAAAAAUUAAAAAGUAUAUAAAAAGCUUUUUUCAAAAAUGGAACGUUUUCGAAGUUGUGUUUUGUUGAUUAGUGUAUUGUUUGUUUUAAAUAUUGAAAAAAGUUAUCAACACACGUGGGUGACUACUGAUGAAUUGGAGAACCACAUCAACCCUGAAGAUCUUCUUGAAUUUGCAAACAUUAAACAGAGCUCCGAAGUAACCAAAUUACACGAUAGCAAUGAUGCAGUCGGAUUUGCAGAUGUAGUGGAAACUACAACUGGCCUUCCAGUGCCGGGCACAGUCGACUGUUUCGGCUUAGGCACACUAUCACGGCAGAUCGUGAGCCUCUUCAAUAUGAGACCAGAUUCAUCUGACGAUGUUAAUACGCACUUUUACUUCUCGUCGCGAACUAUGCCUAUGAGGAUGCAGGUGUUUCCUGGUUCCCAAUUCGGGCUCGAAUGGGUCGACUUCAAACCGAAUAGAAAGACGGUGAUGAUUAUUCAUGGUUUUAUGAGUCACAGUAAUGCAUCUUGGGUCAAUGACAUGACUAAAGCGUUUCUGGAAUGGGCGGAUGUGAACGUCAUUGCGGUAGAUUGGAGUGGUGGUGGGAACACUUGGAAGUAUUGGAGGGCAGUGGCCAACACUAGGAGAGUGGGCUCUGAUAUUGUUGGAUUCAUGCGUAGAAUGAUGACAGAAACUGGGGUAAGAACGAAAGAUAUGCAUCUAGUUGGACAUAGUCUAGGAGCUCAUAUUGCGUCAUAUGUAUCGUAUCAUUUGGGGAAAGUUGCACGAAUUACAGGAUUGGAUCCAGCUCAACCGUGUUUCUGGACAACCGACUCCACGGAACGUUUGGACCCUCAAGACGCGGACUUUGUAGACAUUAUACACACUAACGGCCGACUACUGUCGAGGAUAGGUUUCGGCUUUCCUGAUCCUAAUGGUCACGCAGACUUUUAUCCAAAUGGUGGUAUGAAGCAACCAGGUUGCUACAACGAAACCACCUCCAUAUGGUCUCGUCUUAUUCCAUUUUCAUCGAGACUUCAGCAAGCAAUAUGCAGUCACGGCCGCGCAUAUCUACUCUUCACUGAAUCUUUGAUCAACCGUAACUGUACUUUUAGGGGACAUAGAUGGGACUUGACUUAUGAUGGGGUAAACGCCAGCUUGAAAGCUGCUUGCGACAGAGUUGGCUCAUGUUCUGAGAUGGGCAUCAGAGCUGUCGGCGAGGGACUACUGCCACGCGCUACAGGAGCUUACUUCGUACUGACUACUGACAAGGAUCCGUAUUGCCCUACCGAAUGGGAACGCCGGCACCCUCAACCAGAACUCCUGAUAGAUCUUCGCAAAGGUUUCCUUUUGGACCAGUUGAGGAAGACUACUUCGAAGGCAACUGAAUCCGCCGUUUAUGCAGAUCCUAUGGAAAGGGAUCUGACCGUUCUCCCUCUUACUACCACCACACAAAAGAGCUGGUUCCAGAAGUGGUUUGGUAAAUAAAUUUUAUCAGAAUCAACGAACAAAUAUAACGAAGACUUGAAAGCCUUAUUUCUUUAGGAUACUGCUUUAGGAUGCUCAUACGACCAAGUGGACCAACAAAAUGUACAGACGGUAUCUCAAAUGAUGACAGCUUACUUGUGCAACUAACAGUUGGUCAACCAAAUGAAUCACAUUAAUAGCCUAUAAGUGGCCACUACUGACAAAGGUCUCUCCUUACACGGAAAAUGUUUGAGCAUUAACCACCACGCUUGCUCAAUGUGGGUUGCCGAUUUCAAACUUAUAAUUAGAAAUUAUAAGC